CCCCGGGUCCGCGGUAGCGUUUCGGUGCCGUGUCCGUCCCGCCAUGGCCUCCUUCGGCUCCCAGGGCGGCGGCGCCAAGAAAGAGGAGAAGGGCAAGAACAUCCAGGUGGUGGUGCGGUGCAGGCCUUUUAAUGCCUCAGAACUGAAAGUGAGCUCCUACGCUGUUGUGGACUGUGAUCAAGCCAGAAAGGAAGUCAGUGUCCGCACUGGAGGAGUGACAGAUAAGUCAUCAAGAAAGACUUACACAUUUGAUAUGGUUUUUGGAGCCCAGGCAAAGCAGAUUGAUGUAUACCGGAGUGUCGUGUGUCCCAUUUUGGAUGAAGUCAUUAUGGGCUACAACUGCACGGUGUUUGCUUAUGGCCAAACUGGUACUGGUAAGACCUUCACAAUGGAAGGGGAGCGGUCACCCAAUGAAGAAUAUACUUGGGAAGAGGAUCCACUAGCAGGUAUCAUACCCCGUACAUUGCAUCAAAUAUUUGAAAAGCUCACAGAGAAUGGAACCGAAUUUUCAGUGAAAGUCUCUCUUUUGGAAAUCUAUAAUGAGGAGCUUUUUGAUCUUCUGAAUCCUACUCCUGAUGUUGGAGAAAGACUGCAGAUGUUUGAUGAUCCUCGAAAUAAGAGGGGUGUAAUUAUUAAAGGCUUGGAGGAAGUAACUGUACACAACAAAAAUCAAGUUUACCAAAUCCUGGAAAGGGGUGCAGCCAAAAGAACAACUGCAGCUACUUACAUGAACGCAUAUUCCAGCCGUUCCCACUCUGUGUUUUCAAUCACCAUCCAUAUGAAAGAAACAACAGUAGAUGGAGAAGAACUUGUUAAAAUUGGAAAGCUAAACUUGGUUGAUCUUGCAGGAAGUGAAAACAUUGGUCGAUCUGGGGCUGUUGACAAAAGAGCUCGUGAAGCUGGAAAUAUCAACCAAUCUCUGCUGACACUUGGAAGAGUUAUUACUGCUCUAGUGGAAAGAACCCCUCACAUUCCAUACAGGGAAUCUAAACUCACAAGAAUCCUUCAAGACUCUCUUGGAGGACGGACAAAAACAUCAAUAAUUGCCACAAUUUCACCUGCAUCUGUAAAUCUUGAGGAAACAUUGAGUACACUGGAAUAUGCCCAUAGAGCAAAGAACAUCAUGAACAAGCCUGAAGUUAAUCAGAAGCUAACCAAAAAAGCUCUUAUUAAGGAAUACACUGAAGAGAUUGAGCGUCUGAAGCGAGACCUUGCUGCUGCUCGAGAGAAAAAUGGAGUCUAUAUCUCUGCUGAAAACUAUGAAGCCCUUAAUGGAAAGCUGACAGUCCAGGAAGAAAAAAUUACAGAGUAUAUUGACAAAAUCGGUGUCAUGGAGGAAGAAGUGAAAAGGGUCACUGAACUAUUCAGAGUCAGUAAAAAUGAACUUGAACAGUGUAAAACAGAUUUGCAAAUCAAGGAGAAAGAACUGGAAGAAACACAGAAAGAUCUGCUAGAAACCAAAGUUCAGCUGGCUGAAGAAGAAUAUGUGGUUUCAGUUUUGGAAAAUACUGAACAAGAGCUUCAUGACACAGCUAGCCAGUUACUAACUACAGUUGAAGAAACGACAAGAGAUGUGUCUGGGCUCCAUGCGAAACUGGACCGUAAGAGGGCUGUUGAUCAGCACAAUGCUGCUGUCCAAAAUACCUUUGCAGGACAAAUGAAUGCUUCAUUCAGCAAAAUACAAGAUUCAAUUACUGAAAACAGUUUGAAGCAGCAACAGAUGUUGACAUAUUACACAAAUCUUAUAGGUGACCUCCUUUCUACCAGUUCUUCUACAGCGGAUAUUCUUGCAUCAGUUGUAUCAGCAUCUUUUGCCUCUCUUAAAGAAUUGGUGUCUACUGAAGUUUCUCACAUAUCUGAAAAAAUAACACAGCAUGAGAAUCUAUCACUUGAUUGUAAAGCAGAGCUGCUGAGAUUAAUUGAAGAACAUCAGACUGGAUUAGGAAGAGCAGUAAAUAGCUUGACACCAAUGGUAGAAUUUGUCUUGGGGUUAAAUUGUCAGUUCCAGAGUAACAUGAAGAAAUAUUCUGCUGUGGCUGACCAGAUGGAGGACCAUAAAAUGGAAAUGGAUACCUUCUUUGCUGAUCUUUCUCUCACACUGAAAAAAAUACAGGAACAAACAGCCGGUGGCUUUGCUCAGCUCCAGCAUAAUUGUGACAGCUUAAAAGAAGAAGUGGAAAUGAUGAGGUUGGCACAUAGAAAGAGUGCAGCUGAAAUGAUGUCUUCACUGCAAAGCCAGCUUGACCUGUUUGCUCAGGAGACUCAGAAGAGCCUAACUGAUGUACUCACAAGAAAUGGAAGCCUGAAAACCACCAUCACUGCUAUGCAAGAAAAUGUUCACCUGACAACUACAGACUUAGUCGGCAGUACAAAUUCCAAUCACAGCAAAUUUACUGCCUAUCUGGAUCAUUUCUCUCAUGAGCUCAGGAGCAUAAAUGCUGAAAACAAGGCAAUGCUGGAAGAAUCCAAUGACCACUGCCAACAUCUUCUCGCCAAUCUCAAAAAUGUGGCUCAGGAUACCAAUACAUGGGGUGAAUUUACAACUGCUCAGAUGGUCAACUUUACUAAUCAGCACCUGUUGUCAUUAAAGGAUGAGAAACAGCAAUUUCAGUAUUUACAAAAGAAAAAUGAAGAAAAUAGUGAUAAAGCAAUAGCUGAAAUUUCUGACCACAUUGGCAGCCAAAAGGUUGCUGAGGAGGAGGUGCUAAAUGGCCUUCUGGAUCAGAUAAAGGUGGAUCAGGAGAUACUUGUGGAGCAGAACCUGGCACUUAAGGAAAAAGUGCAGCAUGGACUAACUCAGGUUAAUGGUUUCCUGCAAGAGGAUCUCAAAGUGGAUGUUCCAACAGGGACAACUCCACAGAGAAAAGACUACUCCUAUCCUGUCACCCUUGUGAGAACAGAGCCCCGGCAGCUGCUUCUGGAGCAACUGAGGCAAAGGCAACCAAAUCUUGAUGCUAUGCUAAGCAGUGUGGGAAAGGAGAUGGAGGAUAGUGCAGGUCAGGACCUGUUGGAAGGAGUGUUGCAAGAACCCAGUGAAGGCCUUGCUUGUGACAAAUACUCAAUGGAUACAAAUGUAUAUUGUCACACAAAUGGUGGCAUUCCUUUUUUCCAGCACAAAAGAAGUGUCAAAAAGGGUAAAGAGAACAAAUCUGCAGCUCCAGUGGAGAACAAAAUGGAGGAUAUGACAGAAGAGUUUCUUCAGAAAUCUAAGCAUCCUUUAAGAUUGCUGAACUAAGAUAUAUUCUCUGCAGAUCGCUGUUUUUAGAUAUUUCUAUCUUACUGUCUUACUGAGCCACAUUUUUUUUGGGUAUUCUCAGUGUCUAUGUAGUGAUAAAGUGAUGCAAAGCUGAAUCAAAAGAUUUACCUGCUCAGUCUCAUGCCUUGGUUCCAUUUUUAUAUGUGGCAGCUUGCAAAGUUUUGAGGAAAAAAACCCCUGCAGAUUACGGUGCUGUUAUGUUAAAUAUAUAUAUAUAUAUGUGGUCAAGUAAGAAAUUAUCUGUUUCUCAGUAGAUCUAAAGUACCAGAAAGGGAUGUGGAAAUAUGCUUUGCCAGCAUUAUGAGUUAGCAUCUUAUGUAUUAAUCAGCUGUAAAUAAGUGGCCUGGUUUUAUACCUGCUUUUUAUUCCAAUUUCUGUUUUGUUUACUGUGAUACUUCAAAUAAAUUAAUAAAUGGAAAACAAAUGUACAAGCACUUUGCUCAGAAUAAAACUUACCUAAUUUUCUUAUGGUGCCAGGUCUAAUUUAGCUAAAACAUUAUCAGCUAUGUCAUCAGUCUUGUGCUGUCAGGAGAGGAUGGUUCUCUCCCUUGUUUCACAAAAGACAAUAGUUUUAUUUCAGUGCCUCUUCAUUCUGUGAAGUCUUACUGCUGGGUCUUGGGCUUUUUGUUUGUUUGAACCCCACUGUUCUUCCUCUUAACUUGCAGAUGCAAAUUCUGGCACCUAAAACUUAAUGGGUUAAUUCUCCAGUCUCUAGGUUCCAUUUUCUUGCACUAUAUACCUGUUAACAUUCCACAAUGGUUCAAGAAAUCCUUUAUUAACUAAAAAAUCAACUCCGAAGAUUGAUCCCAUAGCUUUGAGUAGCCUAAGCCAAGUGGGAGAGGUUUGCACAAGCCUUUCACCCUACUACCUUUUCCCUGUGGAGCUGUAAGGAUUAGUAUGAACAAACUGGAAUAGCCAGUGAGAGGAGGCUUCCAUCCAUGAAAUCAUGCCAUAUUUUGUGUUCCCUGUCUUGAUCUUCUUUGAAACUCUCUGCCUUGACUGUUUGGUUCCUGCUGCAUGGGGACAGCCUGCUUUCCUUAGCAGCUAUUUGAAUUUCAGGUGCUGCUUCACAUUUUCUCUUUUUUUAAAGUAGCCCUCAAAGUUGUG